AUGCUGCCCUUCAGGCUCGGUGGCCGGAAGGCUCUGGCGUACUGUGGUCGGCUACCCAAUUGCAACAGCCGCUUACCACUCUCACUAUCGUCAGCAGCGUGCCGGCAACCGCUCAGGUUUCCUGGCGCUCUUCCUACUAUCCCGCCCCAGCAACAAUUCAACCCUGGGCGAGUCGCACUCUACACGUCCCAAAGUGACGGGAAGCCUCGAAGCAGCUCAAUUCCAACCAAGCUCGCCGCCAAAAUCCCCGCCUUACCGAAGAGCCUCCACGAAGACAUCUAUACAAUCCCUAACCUCCUGACCCUAUCGCGUCUUGUUGCCGCUCCUUUCGUCGGUUACUUUAUCCUUCACGAUCAGCAUGCUUGGGCUUUAGGUCUGUUCGCCUACGCGGGCAUCACUGACUUGCUCGACGGCUGGAUCGCCCGCCGGUGGAACCUGCAGACUGUCGUGGGCACUGUGAUCGACCCCAUGGCGGACAAGACACUCAUGACCAUCUUGACAGUUUGCCUCGCUGUUCAGGGCUCUCUCCCAGUCUGGCUAGCCACGAUCAUCCUCGGCCGCGAUGUUGGACUCGCCCUCUCUGCCAUAUACUACCGCUGGAUCUCUCUGCCACCCCCCAAAACCUUUAUGCGGUACUGGGACUUCACUCUGCCCUCGGCUGAAGUCCGUCCGACCACAAUCAGCAAGUAUAACACGUUUCUCCAGCUGGCCCUCGUCGGCCUGACGACAGCUGCCCCUGUUCUUAGCUACGACCUCACUACGCCCCUGACAAUCAUGCAAUACGUGGUGGCCGCAACCACAGUGUGGAGUGGAGCCAGCUACAUUUAUAGCAAAGACGCAGUUAAGAUCCUGACCACGCCCAAAAGCCCACCGACCAAGAGUUGA